GGCCCGCCCGCCGGGAGUGGCAGGGGAGCCGCACACACGCACUGGUCGCCCUUCGCUGUCCCGGCCAUGGCCGCGCGUCUCCUCACCGGCUCCCUGCGCAUCCUGUGCGGCCGCUCUGCGCCCCGCACCCGGCUCGCGGCGAGAUGCUCUCAUUCUGGAGCAGAAGAACGUCUGGAAACUCAUUCUGCUAAAAAAAUGACAGACAUAGGAAUUAGAAGAAUCUUUUCUUCAGAUCAUGACAUUUUCCGAGAAAGUGUAAGGAAAUUUUUUCAAGAAGAAGUGGUUCCUCAUCACUCUGAGUGGGAGACGGCUGGAGAAGUGAGUAGGGAGCUUUGGGAGAAAGCUGGAAAACAAGGACUGCUCGGUGUCAAUAUUGCAGAGCAUCAUGGUGGUAUUGGGGGGGACUUGUUCUCAUCAGCCAUUGUUUGGGAGGAACAAGCAUAUUCAAAUUGUACAGGCCCAGGUUUUAGUCUUCAUUCAGAUAUCGUCAUGCCCUAUAUUGCAAACUAUGGCACAGAAGAACAGAUUAAGCGCUUCAUCCCCCAGAUGACUGCAGGCAAAUGUAUUGGUGCCAUAGCAAUGACAGAGCCUGGGGCUGGAAGUGACUUACAAGGAGUCAGAACAAAUGCCAAAAAAGAUGGAAGUGAUUGGAUUCUCAAUGGAAGCAAGACAUUCAUCACUAACGGGUGGCUAAGUGAUGUUGUGAUUGUAGUCACAGUGACAAAUCGUGAAGCUCGCUCCCCUGCCCAUGGCAUCAGCCUUUUUCUAGUGGAAAAUGGAAUGAAAGGAUUUAUCAAGGGACAAAAGCUACAUAAAAUGGGAUUAAAAGCCCAGGAUACUGCAGAACUGUUCUUUGAAGAUGUACGGUUGCCAGCUAGUGCCCUACUUGGAGAAGAAAAUAAAGGCUUCUAUUACCUCAUGCAAGAGCUCCCACAGGAAAGACUGUUAAUUGCUGAUUUGGCAGUUUCAGCCGGUGAAUUUAUGUUUGAAGAAACCCGGAACUAUGUUAAACAAAGGAAAGCUUUUGGGAAAACAGUUGCACACAUACAGACUGUGCAGCAUAAACUAGCAGAAUUAAAAACGAACAUAUGUGUGACCAGAGCAUUUGUGGACAGCUGUCUCCAGCUGCAUGACAGAAAACGUCUGGACUCUGCUGGUGCUUCCAUGGCAAAAUACUGGGCAUCUGAGUUACAAAACCGUGUUGCUUAUGAGUGUGUACAACUCCAUGGAGGUUCAGGAUACAUGUGGGAGUAUCCGAUUGCAAAAGCUUAUGUGGAUGCCCGAGUUCAGCCAAUCUACGGUGGUACCAAUGAAAUAAUGAAGGAGCUGAUUGCAAGAGAUAUCGUCCGUGACAAGUAGACAUCUGCCCACAUCCUGGAAUCCUAUUACAGCUAAUCUGGUUUUAAAUCUACUCCAGAUAAAAUGUAACAUGGGAAGGGGGAAAUGCUAACCAUGUUUUUAUACAGUCUCUCUAUAUGAAAAGAAGUCAAAUAAAAAUUUAAUAUUAA